AUGGCUAACAAGAGGAACAAGUCGCGGAAAGGAAAAGUUAGUUCCAAACAAAGAAAGACUCCGAAGCAAGAAGGGUCGGUUCAAAACGAAGAAAUCCUCGACGAGACCUCCGACGUUCACCACUCCGCCUCAGAUGACCAUGGACUCUCACGUGAAGAAGCACAUGUGGAAACCAUACGUGCUCGUGCGAAAAGCCAGAUCCGGUCAGAUGAAGGACCCAUACCCUCGGCACCGUGUCCAGUACGUCAUAGAAUGGCGGUAACGGAUGAGGCGAUCCCACCCGUCCUUCGUUAUCAGCCGAGUCAUAUGGGCGGAGCCUUUGGUGGCGCCGAACAACAAGGAGUCGAAUCAGGGAACAUUGUUCAAGGAAACAUUGAGCCAGGGAACAUUGUUCAAGGAAACAUUGAACCAGGAAACAGCGAGCCGCCCAGUUUGCUUCCUGAACCGCCGAGUCCGUGUCCUGAACCCCCCAGUCUCUCUUCUGGACCACUCAGUCUCGCUGCCCAACCGACCAGUCUCUCUCCUGGACCGCCCAGUGUUUCUCCUGCAGUCGUGAUGACUGGAACCCCUCCCGGAUUCGAAGGGCUCCACGGGACCGUGGCGAGAUUGAACUCGCCGGGGGGCUCGCCGAGAUCCAUGAGGACGACAUCACGGUCGCCGGCUCAGCCCUCGUCGGAGUUGAAUGGCUUCCCGGGCACGUUAUCGCAGAGGGCGCCGGCUGAGUUGUCCCGUGCCGAGUCUCCACCUCAACUCCAGCAGAAUGAUGUCCUUCGCUCAGUUCAAGCAGAUCCCGCGGCGGCUGCGGUUCCCUUUGACGCUGGCCCCCUGUCAAACGCUGCUCCGCCGUCCGGCGCUAUCCCGCAGUCUGACGCCGCUCCGCUGUCUCAUGUUGUAUCUCCACUCGAGGCUGCCCCCGGUGAACGCCAUUAUAGCUCAGUCGUGGAUCGAGGGCCGGUGCCUCAGUACUCCGGACAGCCCCCGUUACCGUCUGGACCUCGGGCACAAGAAGACGUGCCUUCUUCGCAAAAUUGGUUGCAGUCGUUCUCCGACGGCGUCUUGAACUCCACACCCGAACCUCCCGUGGAACUCAUGAGCUUCAUGCCCAGUCCACAGCCCUCACCUCGCUCGGCAACACAGUUGCAAACCACGCCCUGGCCGGAAGCCAGGACAUUCGAAUGCGUAAGGGGCGAAGAAGUAGUGGGCGAAGAUGCGAUAAUGAUACCCGAUGGCGCAAUGCCAGCGAACACGAACCACUUACCAAGGGUAGACCACUUACCGUCAUUGAUCCCCUCCACGCCAGCGGGGCAGCCCUUGUACCACGUCGUUCCUCAGGGGGCACAUACUCCCGACUUUAACAACCCGCGCGCUCGUGCGUCGACCCCAUCCGUGUUGCCACCUGUCUCUCCAUCUAAUGCCCAAAUGAAUCGCUCCCCCCACGGCACCUCAUCCCCAGCCGCCGGAAGGCUACCUGUUGAAACGCCAGCCGCGGGAACUCCAGUCGCAACGCCAGCCGCGGGAACUCCAGUCGCAACGCCAGCCGCAGGAACUCCAGUCGCUGAAAGGCCGGCGCCAGUAGGCCAACUGCCGUCCGUCAGGUCCGUUCUCGCCCAGUCGUCCCCUCAGAGAGUAUCCUCCCAGAGAGUAUCCCCUCAGGGAAUAUCCACCCAGAGAGUGCCAACACCGCCGCGCCAUUCUUCUCCCCAAACGGCAGACCAGCCGCAGCCAUCAAUAGCGACUCCGCUCCAGGCGGCUCAGUCUUGUCAUGUGCACACGCAGGACAUCGCACAGCAGCAACAGGCUGCAGGGAGCGUACCGUCUGUUCACUCCCCUCAGUCCCGUCAUCUUCAUCAGCCCGAGAAUUCUCCUCAUGACCUCGAGGGUGUUCGGGAUCCCGAGUGCACUGACGAUCUUGAGGGGCACCGUUGCCAUCCCGAACAACCUCGGAGUCCGAGCGUUUCGCGAGAUGAAGCGCACAGGCAUCUCGUUUCAGCGAAUAGCAUUUCCCCUGGUAGUCCAGGGGAGUUGAUGCAGUUGUGGGUGGCGCGUGAGGAGAAUCUGAAGAGGCGAGAAAGGGAAUACCGCGAGUACUGUGCAAGUCUGGAGAAGACGGUGCGUCGAGUGCAGGCAGAGUUGAGUGCGCAGGCACAGGAGAUCCGAGCAGCGGCGAAGGUCAUUAGCAAUUCUCAAUUCGUCAAGUUGUUUGAGGAAUUGCGAAGGAAUCCGUCACUUCGAAGUAACCCCUUGACAGCAUCCACCAGAGGCGUACAACCCCCCAAGGAGAAGUCCCCAUCCUCUAGUGCGGGUGGAUGUCCGUCAGCGGGUCCAUCCGAGUUUGAGUUGUCAAAGUGGGAGCGAUAUAAGGAUUAUCUUCAAGAGCGCGAAACACGUUUACAGCUUAGGGAGGAGCAGUUGAUCAAACUGCAGCGGGCAACCAAGCAGCAAAAGGAAGAAGUGGAGUUGUUGAGUGCAGCUCUGGAGCGGGAUUUACAGUAUAUUGAACACAAGGAACGGUUUCUUCAAGACGCAAUCGAAACCGUGGAAGCUUGUAUCGGAAAGGACGUGUUUCGAAUUCUGAUAGGGCAUCCGGAGGAGCCGGCCAUUCCGGGCCGAGGACUCAGCCUAGGUCGACACACUCCAGCAUCCGUUCGGCCACUGCCCGCCACGACCAACUGGUUUCCUGAAGACACCGAGGAAGUGCCAGGUCUUCCGACGCCGCUCCACUUGGCAGACAAAAUGCCAGUCAGGAAGCCAAGUCCACCUCGAGGUGUAUUGGAAUGGUUGUGA